GAGGUGCAGGUUCAUCUGCCUCGAUGUGGGCCCCGCCCGCUGGCCAAUAGCCGUUGAGGCCGUCCGAAGAUGGCCAGGGCCUUAGAGUGGGGCCCGCAUCAGUCGGUGUUUCACCUAUGACAAGUGCAAGAUGAGGAGAAGUGCUGAUGGUGCGUGCGUUCGGAGAUGAGGUCUGCUUCGGCAGCGCUGCUGGUGGUGGCGGCCCUAGUGGUGGUGCCCGUUUGGGGUUGCGGCCCGGGUCGGGGAGUCGGUCGACGAAGAGGUCCAAGGAAAUUGACACCAUUGGUGUUCAAACAGCAUGUGCCCAAUGUGCCGGAGAAUACGCUCACGGCGAGUGGACUCACGGAAGGACGAAUCGGGAGGAAUGAUUCGAGGUUCAAGGAUCUGGUGCCCAAUUAUAACCAGGACAUUGUCUUCAAGGAUGAGGAGGGGACGGGGGCUGACAGGCUUAUGACACAGAGAUGCAAGGAGAAAUUGAACACUUUGGCGAUAUCAGUGAUGAACCAAUGGCCCGGUGUUCGUCUUCUGGUGACUGAAGGUUGGGACGAGGAAGGCUACCAUACCCCAGAAUCCCUUCACUACGAAGGACGUGCUGUUGAUAUCACGACCAGUGAUCGAGAUCGCUCGAAAUACGGAAUGUUGGCCAGACUGGCCGUGGAAGCGGGCUUUGAUUGGGUCUACUACGAAAGUAGGGCCCAUAUACACUGCUCGGUCAAAUCAGAAUCGUCUCAGGCGGCGAAAUACGGCGGUUGUUUCUCCGGCGAGACAACAGUGCUGACCUCCACCGGCCUCCGUCGCAACCUCUCCGAUCUCCGAAUCGGCGAGAAAAUCCAAGCCUUUGACCCCGCCACCAAGCAGCUCGUCUUCAGCGAGAUUCUCGUUUUCCUGGACUUCGACCCGAGUCAAAAGCGCGAAUUUCUCUCGAUAACGUUGUCUUCGGGUCGCACCUUGACAGUGACACCGUCGCAUUUGCUCCUCCUCGACGAUCGGACAGUGAAAUACGCCGAGAAGCUCCAAAUCGGCGACUUUUUGCUCGUGAGUGACCCCAAAGACGGUCUAAGUCGCGAGGAGAUAGUGCAGGUGAGGGGCGUGUGGCGGACUGGUGUGUUUGCGCCGUUGACUAGCGUCGGGACGCUGGUGGUGAACGACGUCGUGGCGUCGUGCUAUGCGAGCGUUGAUAGUCAAUGGGUGGCGCAUUGGGCGUUUUUGCCCGUACGAUGGGUGGCCGGAUUUUGGGGGAAUUCCGGGUUGAGGAAACCGGAAAUGGGGGUUUUUUGGUACGCGAAAAUGCUUUAUGUUAUGGCGGAUUUUAUACUUCCUUCGCAUCUGCAUGAGUGAUAUGUAUAAAAAAUUAGGUUUAGGUUUUUGGCCAGUGACUUAGCUAGUGGACAGACCUUCAAGUGUUCCUUAAUUAAUUUAUGACAUAACUAUUGAGAAUUUUUGUGUAUUUUUUAUGUAUAUAAAAAUUACUUUUAAUUGUAUAGUCUCCUGUUUGAAAAUUAUUGUAU